AUGGCGGUUCAUCAUAGGAUAUUAUCCAACAAGGUUUUAGUGUCCUGCCAGCCAAACGGCCCUGAUGUCUUCAGUGGUGAGUCGAUCACUCUGACAUGUGAGGUCCAGGGAGGAGAAACCACUGAGUGGACGUGUGAAUGGAGGAAAUCUGGGUCAAUAAUACACAGAAUAUACAGUAAAGACUGGACUUUCAUUGUCUCUGAGUCCAGCAGUGGAAACUACAUGUGUCAGUGUAGAAGCAGAGAUGACUGGUAUUCUUCAACACAGUGGAGUGAAGCUAUCAAACUGUCUGUAUCAGUUUCCAACAAGGUUUUUGUGACUCGACAACCAAACUGGCCUCAGAUGUUCAGUGGUGAGUCGAUCACUCUGACAUGUGAGGUCCAGGGAGGAGAAACCACUGAGUGGACGUGUGAAUGGAAGAGAUCUGGGUCAAUAAUACACAGAAUAUACAGUAAAGACUGGACUUUCAUUGUCUCUGAGUCCAGCAGAGGGGAUUACACAUGUCAGUGUAGAAGAAGAGAUGACUGGUAUUCUUCAACACAGUGGAGUGAAACCAUCAGACUGUCUGUAUCAGCAGGUAAACCAAAGGUCCAGUUGAGUGUUAACAGUCUGGAGAUACCAGGCAGAGUAACUCUGACCUGCUCAGUGACUCCAUCAUCAAUUGGCUGGAAAUAUUACUGGUUCAGAGAUGAGAAAUCUGCUGAACCUCUGAUGACACAAGAACCUGUUUUCUCUCCAAAUGAACUGAAGAGUGUCUCAGAGAAAAGCCUCUACUGGUGCAGAGGAGGAAGAGGAGAACCAGUUUACUACACAGACUACAGUAAUCCAAUCACAGUCAGUAAUAAUGUAACUGUAUCCAAUCCUGUCAGCUUUUCAAUCCAUGUGAUGUUGAUCGUUGGACCAGUUAGUGGAGUCAUUCCCAUCAUCCUCCUGCUCUUGUGGCGGAGUUACAAAAGGUCCAUGGGUGAGAACUUUUUCCUCUCAUCUUAUUGCUUCUUAACUUCUUCUGUACAUGCAUGUUUUGAAAUAGAGUUAAUCAAUGUAAUUCUGUUGUCAAUGAUCCAAAUGGUUUUGUCAUCUUCCCCAAAUUUGUGCAGCAUCAGGUUAUUUCAGUCUGAAAGCAGCAGCCAGAGGCCGACCACUAAUCAUGGAGUGAACCAGACUGAAAGUGAUUACAGUUCUCUGCUGCAUGGCACCACGUCUGUGUAUGAGACAAUCCAUAACCGUGGAGCCACUGGAAAUGAGAGACUUCCUGAUCCAGAAGAAGGUUCUGUUUACAUUAAUGUGAGACCAGAAAAUUACAGCUCAGCAUUGUUGUCUUCAAAGGAAAUGGAUGCAUUUGUUAAACAGAACAACAGAGUCGAUGGUGAAUUUGUGGAUGGGACAGACUUUUAUUUUAUCUUAACUUCUGUAGUGUUUAAUGUUUAUAAUGUUAAUAAGAUUUCAACCUUUAUUUCAGUGCUCAGCACAUUUCUCUGCUAUGGACAAACUCAAGCAGACAGACCCACGGCCACAUUGACAGCAGGUUCAACAACCAUACCAGUAGGGGGCAGUGUGACACUGAGCUGCUCAGUGGAGCCCUCUGCUGGAUGGAAGUACAGAUGGUUCAGACAGACCCCAGACACACGUGAAGAUCAAGUCAGAACAAAUAAUAAUGAAAACAGCGUUAUCACUGUGACACAAGGAGGAAUCUACAGGUGUGAAGGAGAGAGAGGAAAACCAGAAUCCUACAGUGAAUCAAGUGACGAGGUCACCGUCCAGAUAAGCUUUUCCAACAAGGUUUUUGUGACUCGACAACCAAACUGGCCUCAGAUGUUCAGUGGUGAGUCGAUCACUCUGACAUGUGAGGUCCAGGGAGGAGAAACCACUGAGUGGACGUGUGAAUGGAGGAGAUCUGGGUUGGCCACUCAAAGAGUAUAUGGUAAAGACUGGACUUUCAGACUCCCUGACUCCAGUAGUUUAGACUACAUGUGUCGUUGUAGGAGAAGAGAUGACUGGUAUUCGUCAACGAAGUGGAGUGAAACCAUCACACUGUUUGUAUCAGACAAACCCAGAGCCAAACUGACAGCAAGUUCAACAACCAUACCAGGAGGGGGCAGUGUGACACUGAGCUGCUCAGUGGAGCCCUCUGCUGGAUGGAAAUACAGAUGGUUAAGACGGAUCUCAGACACUUCUUUUGUUGAACUCAGAACAAAUAAUGAAGAAAACAGAGAAAUCACUGUGACACAAGGAGGAAUCUACAGGUGUUAUGGAGUGAGAGGAAAUCCUGAAUUCUACACUGAACCAAGUGAUGACGUCACUAUCCGGAUAAGCUUUUCCAACAAGGUUGUUGUGACUCAACAACCAAACCGGCCUCAGAUGUUCAGUGGUGAGUCGAUCACUCUGACAUGUGAGGUCCAGGGAGGAGAAACUACUGGGUGGACGUGUGAAUGGAGGAGAGAUGGGUCAAUAAUACACAGGACAAACAGUAAAGACUGGACUUUCAGAGUCUCUAGGUCCAGCAGUGGAGACUACAUGUGUCAGUGUAGAAGCAGAGAUGACUGGUAUUCUACAACACAGUGGAGUGAAACCAUCAGACUGUCUGUAUCAGAUAAACCCAGAGCCAAACUGGCAGCAGGUUCAACAACCAUACCAGUAGGGGGCAGUGUGACACUGAGAUGCUCAGUGGAGCCCUCUGCUGGAUGGAAAUACAAAUGGUUCAGACGGACCUCAGACACUCCUGAAGUUCAAGUCAGAACAAAUAAUAAAGAGAACAGAGAAAUCACUGUGACACAAGGAGGAAUCUACAGAUGUAUGGGAAUUAGAGAAAAACAAGAUUUCAACAGUGAUUCAAGCGAUGAGGUCAAUAUCCAGAUAAUUUUUUCCAACAAGGUCUUUGUGACUCGACGACCAAACCGGCCUCUUGUCUUCAUUGGUGAGUCGAUCACUCUGACAUGUGAGGUUCAGGGAGGAGAAACCACUCAGUGGACGUGUGACUGGAGGACACCUUGGACAGCUAUAUACAGGACAAACAGUAAAGACUGGACUUUCAUUGUCUCUGAGUCCAGCAGAGAAAACUACAUGUGUCAGUGUAGAAGCAGAGAUGACUGGUAUUCUUCAACACAGUGGAGUGAAACCAUCAGACUGUCUGUAUCAGGUAAACCAAAGGCCCAGUUGAAUAGUAAUAGCAGAGAGAUACCAGCAGGAGGCAGAGUGACGCUGACCUGUAUAGUGGACUCAUCGUCAUCUGGUUGGAAAUAUUUCUGGUACAAAGAGCGAGACUCCUCAGAGCCUCUGACCAGAGAAGAAGCUGUUUUCCCUUCAAAUGGACAAAUGAGUGUCUCAGAGGAGGGACUGUACUGGUGCAGAGGAGGACGAGGACGACCAGUUUACUACACAGACUACAGUGACAGAAUCAGCAUCACUAAGAAUGUAACUGUGUCCAGUCCCACCAGCUCUUCAUUUCCUAUGAUGUCUAUUAUUGGACCAUUUGUUGGAAUCAUUCUCAUCAUUCUCCUCCUCUUGUUGUGGCGUUACCGACUGUCAAAGGAUUUGUCCUGUCUCAGGUCAUUUCAGUCUGAAAGCAGCAGCCAGAGGCCGACCACUAAUCAUGGAGUGAACAAGACUGAAAAUGAUUACAACUCUCUGCUGCAUGGCACCUCUUCUAUCUAUCACAUUAUCCGUCCGCGUGGAGCCGCUGGAAAUGAUGAAGCUGUGACAUACACAAAGAGAAGAGAGAGACCUCAUCAUCCAGAGGAAAGUUCUGCUUAUGUCAAUGUGAGACCAGGAAAUAACAGCUCAGAUGUGACAGGUAGCUGCCGCUUCCAGGUGAAAUGCAUUUCCCUCAUCAAGGAUCAGUGCUUAGAGGAGUGGAUUCCCAGAGACAAGACGCCAGACGCAGACAGACCCACGGCCACAUUGACAGCAGGUUCAUCAACCAUACCAGUAGGGGGCAGUGUGACACUGAGCUGCUCAGUGGAGCCCUCUGCUGGAUGGAAGUAUAGAUGGUUCAGACGGACCUCAGACACUCCUGAAGCUGAAAUCACAACAAAUAAUGAAGAAAACAGAGAAAUCACUGUGACACAAGGAGGAAUCUACAGGUGUGCAGGAGUGAGAGGAAAUCCUGCUAUCAUCAGCCUUGUAAGCCAAGACGUUACCAUUAAAACAACCUCUCCCAAUAAACCCAGUUUGAUUCUGCAAUCCAACUGGUCUCAGAUCUACAUAGGAGAGAAAGUCACUCUGAGAUGUGAGAUCCAGGGAGGAACUGAGUGGACGUAUGAAUGGAGAUCAACCAAUGGAAACUUUCCAUCAUCCAGUGAAUACAGCAUCAACUACAUUACUGAGUCCCACAGUGGAGAUUACAGCUGCAGAGGAAACAGAAACUUUGAGCUAACAGAGUGGAGUGAUGCUGUCAGACUGACUGUGAUAUCGUUUCCCCCUCAGCCUGUCCUCUCUGUGUCUCCAUCAUGGCCGAAUCCUGGAGCCUCAGUGACUCUGAGCUGUGAGGGUUUGAAGCUUCAAUCAGCAGGAUGGAGGUUCUUCUGGUAUAAAGCUGUUCCUGAUCCACCCCGCAGAUACUACAGCUAUGAGAUGCUUCCUGGCAGCACCAAUGGGACUGAGCAGAACUCCUUCAUCAUUAAUGGAUCGACUCACACAGCAGGAUUUGUGUGCAGAGCAGAAAGAGGAGAACCAAAGUUUUACACUUAUUACAGUGAACCAAAGUUUAUCUGGUCUGCAGAUCCUCGUCCAGCAGCUUCUCUCUCAGUGAAUCCUGACAGAGUUCAACACUUCAGAUCUGACUCUGUGUCUCUGAGCUGUGAGGGAAACUCUACUGAGUGGAGAGUGAUGAGGUUUAUAGAAAGAGAUGGACUGUCAGACUGCUCCUACUGGGGGACAAUGACUGGAUCUACAUGUACCAUUAACCCGUACUAUUAUAGGGAUGGAGUGUUCUGGUGUGAGUCAAAAUCUGGAGAGUUUAGCAACGCAGUAAACAUCACUGAACACGAUGAUGAUCAUGAUGGUGUUAUCCUGGUGAGCCCUGUUCAUCCUGUGACUGAAGGAGAUCCUGUUACUCUGAGCUGCAGAGAUAAGAAACAAAAUCUUCUCUCCAAUGUGUUUUUCUAUCAUAAUAAUAAACUCAUCAAUAAUGACGGCAGAGAGGAGCUGAAGAUCUCUGCAGUGUCAAAGUCAGAUGAAGGUUUCUACAAAUGUCAACAUUCAGGAAAAGAGUCACCAAGGAGCUGGAUGUCUGUUAGAGUAACUGGGUCCAGUCCUGCCAGCUCUUUAUUUCUUGUGCUGUUGAUCAUCGAACCAGUUGUUAAAAUCCUUCUGGUUCUCCUCCUGCUCUUGUUCUUGUCCUGCAGACGGAACAACGUUCAUCUCUACGACUCAGUGAAUAUUUCCACAUUAGCAGGAAAUGUAGCAGACAAACCCAGACCUCCUGCAUACUCCCAGAUUGAACUGAGAAACUUCAGGGAAAACUACUCAACUCCAAUUUAUGCUAACAUGAACUAUCAGAAAAAGCAGAAAGGAAAGCGAAGUCCUGCAGCAGCAGAUGAAGUUUAUUCUGAAAUCAGAACAAGAGCAACUGUGGGUAACGAUAUCAUGUAG